GAAAACAAAAUCGUACGAUUCGUGACGCGAAUUGUACAAUAUUUACAUUUCCCAUACGACUACGCGUUUAUCAUUAUUUCUAAUUUAAUCCGAUCGGUUAACCGCGUCCCCUAAAGCUUUAAUCCCUGUCAUUGAGUGCAUCUUGUACACAUGUGUGGAUUUAGUGUGUACAGGUUUUGUAAACAUGCUGCGGGGUAGAAGUUCGCGACCCAUUGAACUCUCCGGAUUACACAUUGAUAGCAUUUAAAAGAAUGUAACCAUGCUGUUGUGUACAUGAAAAUACUGGAUAUGUCGUAAAUACAGAUAAAGCUCGAUUUGAGGUAAGAGGGUAGGUGUUGGUGUGACCGGAAGUAGUAUGCUGUUGGCGGGGCCUGUGACCGAAAGAUGACAUAUGGACCAUCUCUAAAAUGGCGCUUUCCAUUCCAAGAAAAACUCGAACUUAGGAAGCUCGAUUUCAGGGUUGUAUUUAUAACAUUGUGUCUUGUCGUGGUGUUUAUUGUUUCGGUGUCGUUUUCAUAUUACUCUUCACUGCCAGUUUCAUUAACUCAGAGCCAGUUACAUCAUCUUCAUGUACUAGAGGUAGACCGUAUCAUCAUCUCUAACAUAAGUAAACGAAAAGUAGCUUCAUCAGAAGACGAUGAAACCCUUGCAAAAUCAGAAGUGACAACAAAACAAAUUGAAAAAGUGUUUUCAAAGUUGAAUUUGAAUAUUGUGAAAUUGAAUUAUACUGAGACAAAUAUUGACGUGGCAGAAAUCGACAGUGACAGCUACGAUGCAGACGACAAUAGUAAUACAACGCUGGCAGCGAAUGCAGCGCACGUGCAAGGAAUUAACUGGAAUGAUACAAGACUGGAUAUUCUUCACAUGCCCAAAAAGCAGUAUGAUACGAAAUUCAAAAAUCCAUGCUGGUACGAACCUCUCGCCAACUCUCGACCGUACGAGAACAACACAUAUGCCCCAUUCUCGCCGUCUGCUAAACGUGUUCUGGCCAAGAUGACGGAGCAUUGGGAGGAGCAAUUCGACACCGGAAAUGAACGGAACAGCAGACUUCGGUGCCUUCCGUAUUUCUUGAUUAUCGGUCAGCCAAAAUGCGGCACGACGGACUUGUUUUGGAAGAUUGCGCAACAUCCGGAUAUAGAAGCGCCACCUAUUAAGGAAUUACACUGGUGGUCAAGAAGUAGACAAGGCCGAAGAUUUUCCUAUUCAAAAAUCAUUCCAUUUAAUGACUAUGUCGAUAUGUUUGACCGUGCCGCUUUACAUAUAGAGCAGAGACUUCAUAACCUUACUGCAGGCCUGAUAAAUAGUUCCCAGGAAUCUUACGCUGGAAAAAAUAGUGCCGUCUUCGAAACUCAGAAAAUUACAGGUGAGGCGAGCGUGUCUUUAUUCUGGGACAAUAAUGAUUGGAUGAAGUUUCCGGAGAACCUUGGUCAGCGAGAACCUCUAUAUAUAGUGCCUCAUUACAUACGUCAUAUUAUACCGGACACUAAACUCAUUAUCAUGUUAAGGAACCCAGUUGAAAGAAUGUAUUCGGAUUACCUCUAUUUUCAUUCCACAAACAAGUCACCAGACGACUUCCAUUCUGCUGUUGAUUUAGCUAUUAGAUUAUAUUCUAAUUGUACAUCGUUGUACAGUGUUCGCCAGUGUGUAUAUGAUACAAAUUUAGCCAACAAAGUCAGGGUAAGACUCCGGGUCGGAAUGUACAGUGUUUAUUUCAAGGACUGGUUACGGUUAUUUCCCCUGAAACAGUUCUUUGUCUUACGACUAGAAGAUUAUUCUAAACGUCCUGUGGAAUAUGUCAAACAAAUCUACCGUUUUCUUCAAAUAAGGGAUGUAACAAAAGAGGAGGAAGAGCUUGUGUGUACGUCACCUGGUAGAAAUGCACGAAAACCCGAGGAUAAACUUCUAGGCGGAAUGCACGAGAAAACUAGGUCACUUUUGAAGGAGUUUUACCAACCAUUCAAUCAAGAGCUAGCACGAAUGCUCGGACAUACUAAAUUUUUAUGGUCAGAUAAAAAGCACUAAUUUCAUGUGUUUUUUAUGUGAUAUGAGUACAAUUUAUGAAAAAGUGUGAUUUUGAGAUAUUGAACUUUGGUUCAUUUUCAAAGAAUUCGUUGGCUUUUUAUAAGUCCAACGUGAACAUGAUGAAGGUGGAUUUCAAAAUGGCCAGUGAUGAAGAAUGUUUUAUAUAGAGGUUACUAUUUUUUGUUGACCAUUGUAAAACAGACAUAUGUUAUGCGAUAUUAACUGCAUGGUUGUGAGUAAUUACAGUAACAUUGAGCAUGUGUGUGGUGAAAUUGAUGGAACAAACAGACUUGUGUUGAACCAAUACUAUUACUUUAUGUAUUCAUAAAUCACUUUAGUAUUUAUGAUUGAGUGAUUUGUGGUGCUACACAACACAGUGGAUAAAGAAUAGUAUUUGAAAAUUAUAACCUUAAACCUGCUUGAACCUGAGGUGGUCAGCCUUUGCCACCAGUAUAGAGGCAGGCCAGCCAGCACGUCCAUGCAGUCUGAGAUCAGGCUCUAAACUGCUGUUAGCUCAGAUUUUGCAUUUUGAUAUUAAAUCCAUUCAAACUGAAAUGAAAUGUUCCAAAUUCAAAGCGCUGGACAAAUCCAUUGUACAAAUUCAGCAGGUGAAGUGUUAAAGCAUAAUAAUAAAGAGAGUAAGGAGCUGUAAUUACAUGUAUACUGUAUAGUGAAAGAGAAAUGUUUAGAUAUGUAGAACCAUGACAAAUUGAUAAUCUACCCUAAUUGUAACGUUCCUUGAUAUAUUAAAUUGUUAACUUGUCCGCCGAUUUUUAUCAAUUAUAUUUAAU